UUUUUGGCGUUUUUCGUCACAGGAUGAGGAAUUUUUGUAUAUCGCGCUACCAUUGAGGGAUCUUUAUCUUCUCAAGGCCUUUCCGCGUACUCGAUUAUAGAGUCGUGAGUCCAUCACAUUUAUACAGUGUUUAUUGCCAAUUAGCUUCUUAUGACUCUUAGUGAGCCUUCAUUCAAAACCAAAGAUGAAGCUAAAGACUUCUUAAAUUGUUUGUGCGAUCAAGAACUUACUGUCCAUGUAUCGGAUGGUCGGAGAUAUAUUGGAACCUUUUGGUGCACAGAUAAUGCUGGAAAUAUUGUAAUGGGUUCGUGUACAGAGUAUCCAGCACCUGAUUCAGCGUCUGACAAUUUGCUAAGAGAUUUAACCACUGUUGUUAUCCCUGGACAGCACAUAAUAAAAAUUGAAUGUGAUAGUCGUUUGCUAGCAAAUCGAUUUAUUUAAUAUAAAACUUUUAACUCA